CAGCUGAGUGUCUGGGGGGUGGGACUGCCUCUGCAGGUAGGUAUAUAAGGGCCAGAGACAGCCGGAUGGCCAUUAGUUCGCCUCAACUACUCAUCCUAACAACACCUCGGCGUCCUCUCGUCAUGUUUGCCAAGCUUGCAAUAAAGCUCGUAAUGGCUUUGAUGGUCCUCAUGGCCCUAGCGGAGGCUGCUCCCGGCUAUCUUGGAGGCACCGGAGGCUAUGGUGGCGGCUUUGGAGCCUACGGAGGCUACGGAGCUUAUGGACAUGGCUUUGGCAACGGCGGUGGAUACGGGGGCGGAUUCGGUUACGGCAAGUAAAAAGUCUAAAUGCUCACCUCUCCGUCUACCUGUUGGCCUCUUGACCCACCUGUUGGUUUCCUGGCCCACCUGUUGGUCUCGCAGCAAACUUUAAUUGUUCACCUGCUAGGCUUGCAGUCCAUCUGUUAGUCUCAUGACUUACCUGUUAGAUUCCUAGUCUACCUGUUAGUCUCGUGGAUCAUUUGACAUUCUCGCAGCCCAUCUCUUGAUCUAGUGGCCAACCUGUUGGUCUUCAAGCAAUCAUUUGUUGGUCACUUGGCCCACCUGCUGGUCUCAUGGACCACUUGGUGGUCUUGUGACCCAGCUGUUGAUCAUUUGACCCACCUAUUUACUAUUCUACGUAAUUGUAUGACAUGAAUUUCUUAAUGCGUAAUGAACUGUGAAGUUUUUAAUAAAAUUUAUAGGAAAAA